AUGUGUCAUGGAGGGUUUUAUGAAUCGAGUAAAGAUAUGGGCCCCAGUUGGCUAGUUGUACGUGGUAUCAUUGAAGCCAUCGAAUCUUGUUAGGCCUGGGGCAGGUUAAAGAAUGAAUGUGAACAUGUCAAAUCAAUCCACGAUCGAUUUCGAGAUAAUAUCGCACAAGGCGAAAAUCUUCCACCGGAGUAUGAUAAGGCGUUGGGCGCACUUGAGUAAGUCAUGUUGAUAUUUGCCGUCGUCGGCCUGAAUUUUAAUGCAUUUGACACUGACUUCGACGAUCCAGAAUUUUGGUGGUGAAUGAGGUCAAUCGUCGUGCCGACCUUCUUGGGCAGAAAACUUCGCAGCGACCUGGAUUCUCUCACAAAUAUAUAAUAACACAGAGGUCCCAAGACCAAGGACCUGAUAUCCUCGAAACAAGACGGAAAGGAGGACUUUGUUCCCAUGAAAAAUAUUUAUUCGAAAAUGACAUCCUGGAUUACUGUUUAUUUGAUCUACGAGCAAGACCAGACAGGCAAGCAAACCCAGAUCCAAAAGAAAAAAUAUUACCUUUGGAUCAUGCACUAGCAUUUUCUCUUAUAGAAAAUCACCUUGCUAAAAGUAGCUUCAAGGAAAAGUCUCGCAUAGAUGAGGUCUUAUCCAGCGAUCUAUCCGAUCUAGCUGCCUGUCACGAAAUGUUGGUAGCAAUCCGUCUACAUCGACCUCGAAAUCAUGCCAGAACCUUGGACGAGGUGAAGCAAUCAGAAAAACGAAAACCCUAGAAAGCUUUUAGCUUGAGAUACUUUACCAACAAGGAGUGCUCCAAGCUAGGGAAAACACUCUUUAAGGAUUUCUACGAGGUUCAGCUUCCUAGUAAUCGGAAGGACAUGGCUUGGUUUGAUCAUACCAAAAGUAGCAGGAGAGCACUUGAGGCAUUCUGGCAGGGAAUGAGAAAUGAUUGUGCAACGGUUUGGAAGAGGAAUGGUUUCACCGAAGACGAAGUUGCCGAUGAGCUCGAUUAUAUUAGUGCCACCGAAACUCAAGAAUAUUUAGACACUAUUCAAGCCGAGGACUUAAAGCUAUUAGCCCAAACUGAAAGAAAUCAAAUCAAAAAAAACCAAGCAAACCACGCAAAAGAAUCAUUUACCAGCCACAAUCCCCCCACAAACGACCUGGGGCCCAGAAACCUCGCCAUCAACUCUCACACCAGAAACAACAAAAUCAAAGUCAAAAGAAAAAACAAGACCAAUUACCCAACAAACCAACCACUAUAAAACAGCGGCAACUCCAAACAUCUUCCUACCAUCCCCAAUCCCACCUCCUCGCAAACCCCUCCUCAAAAAACGCCCCCUCGAAAUCCUCUCACACAUGUACCCCUCCACGGCCGCAGAGUCCUCUACAAAACCAUCGAAUGGGAUCUCUUCGUCCAUUUCAUGUCAGACAUGGGAUUCAUAGCACGGAAUAAAGGGGGGAGUGCUGUGGGCUUUGAGAUGCGUGAUGGAGUUUGUUUUAGUUUUAGUGAGGGAAAGACAAUGGGAAAGGGAAAUAUGAAUAUGAAUAUGAAUAUGAAUAGAAGUGGAAAAAUUAUUUUCCAUAAACCUCAUCCCGUGGCUAAGAUUGAUGCGCUUAUGUUAC